CGCUUCCGUCGGGGCCUGACAGUUCCCACACCGGUCACGUGGGGUCGCUGCCGUGUGACGUCACAUGUAAACAUCAGCAGCGGGCCCCCGUGGCCUGCGGAGCGGAGACGGGCGAUGUCAGCCGUCAAAACCCGCUUGCGGUACAGCUCGGUGGGCAUCGCCGCUGCGAGGCUGCUGUCCUCCGGUCCCGCCAGGAACCCGCUGGUGUUUCUGGACAUCGAGGCCGACAGCGAGCCCCUGGGGAGGAUCGUCAUCGAGCUGAAUGCUGAUGUUGUGCCAAAGACCGCAGAGAACUUCAGGGCGCUGUGCACCGGGGAACACGGCUUCGGGUUCAAGGGGUGCGUGUUCCACAGGAUCGUACCUGAGUUUAUGUGUCAGGGGGGAGAUUUCACUAAACACAACGGCACAGGAGGGAAAUCGAUAUAUGGGAAAACCUUUAAAGAUGAAAAUUUCAAAUUAAAACACACUGGUCCAGGGACACUUUCGAUGGCAAACUCGGGGCCAAACAGCAACGGCUCCCAGUUCUUCAUCUGCACAACUAAAACUGAAUGGCUUGACGGUAAACAUGUGGUGUUUGGGCAGGUGAAGGAAGGUAUGGACGUAGUUACCAAAAUGGAAGCCUUUGGUUUGCAUGAUGGCGGCGUGAUCAAGAAAAUUGUCAUCAGUGACUGUGGAGAGGUCAAGUAACACAUAAGAGCACUUGACUUCUUUUGGGUGACUCACUAUGCAGCCAUUUGGUAUUUACUUUAGCUUUCUUCCUGCAUUCAAGGACGCGCUUUCACAGACAGUUCAGUUUUUCACUACAUAUAACAUUCUCAAAGUUAAAAAGUCUCAUUCACAUUCUAAAUCAUAUAUGAAAGGUUUUUUCUUUAAAAUCUUAUAAAUACUGUAUAUAAUCCUAAAAAUGUAAAGACAGAUAUUUAAACAUGAUCCUUUUUGUCCAAGUAGUUGCAGAUGUUUUUCUAACUUAUACCUUGACCCAUAUGCUUUGUGUAUCAAAUCACCCACUAUGUAAAAUGAUCCUGAUGUGCAAUUAUUCUCCAUUUUUUUGCCAAAUAAACGACGGGUUUUAGGUUUUA